GGCGAGCGCGGCGGCUUGCGAGGAGCGGAGCCUUCAACCUCUCCAGCCGCGGCAGGACGGGGGCGGCCGCCGCGGGUCCGGGGCGGGGACAGCACGCAGCCUCGCGGCGCGCACCCCCGCCCGGCAACGGCCACGACACCCGGGGCGAGCGGGAAAGCGGCGGCGGCGGUAGCGGCGGCGGGGGAAGGAUGCAGGGGAAGAAGCCGGGCGGCUCGUCGGGCGGCGGCCGGAGCGGCGAGCUGCAGGGGGACGAGGCGCAGAGGAACAAGAAGAAGAAAAAGAAGGUGUCCUGCUUCUCCAACAUCAAGAUCUUCCUGGUGUCUGAGUGCGCCUUGAUGUUGGCGCAGGGAACGGUGGGCGCCUACCUGGUGAGCGUGUUGACCACCCUGGAACGCAGGUUCAACCUUCAGAGUGCUGAUGUGGGUGUGAUCGCCAGCAGCUUCGAGAUCGGGAACCUGGCGCUGAUUCUCUUCGUGAGCUACUUCGGAGCACGUGGGCACCGACCUCGCCUUAUCGGCUGUGGUGGCAUCGUCAUGGCCCUGGGCGCUCUGCUGUCAGCAUUGCCAGAGUUCCUCACCCACCAGUACAAGUACGAGGCUGGCGAGAUCCGCUGGGGCGCCGAGGGCCGCGAUGUCUGCGCCACCAACGGCUCCAGCAGCGAUGAGGGGCCUGACCCCGACCUUAUCUGCCGGAACCGGACAGCCACCAACAUGAUGUACUUGCUGCUCAUUGGGGCUCAGGUGCUCCUGGGCAUCGGUGCUACCCCCGUGCAGCCCCUGGGGGUCUCCUACAUUGACGACCACGUGCGGAGGAAGGACUCCUCGCUCUACAUAGGAAUCCUGUUCACGAUGUUGGUAUUUGGACCAGCCUGUGGAUUUAUUCUGGGCUCUUUCUGUACCAAAAUCUAUGUGGAUGCUGUCUUCAUCGACACAAGUAACCUGGACAUCACUCCAGACGACCCGCGCUGGAUCGGAGCCUGGUGGGGCGGCUUUCUGCUCUGCGGUGCCUUGCUCUUCUUCUCGUCCCUCUUGAUGUUUGGGUUCCCCCAGUCCCUGCCCCCACACUCAGACCCCGCCAUGGAGAGUGAGCAGGCCAUGCUCCCCGAAAGAGAAUAUGAGAGGCCCAAGCCCAGCAAUGGGGUCCUGAGACACCCCCUGGAGCCAGACAGCAGUGCCUCCUGUUUCCAGCAGCUGAGAGUGAUCCCCAAGGUCACCAAGCACCUGCUCUCAAACCCUGUGUUCACCUGCAUCGUCCUGGCUGCCUGCAUGGAGAUUGCUGUGGUGGCUGGCUUCGCCGCUUUCCUGGGCAAGUACCUGGAACAGCAGUUUAACCUCACCACUUCCUCUGCCAACCAGCUGCUCGGGAUGACGGCAAUUCCCUGUGCCUGCCUGGGCAUCUUCCUUGGUGGCCUCUUGGUGAAGAAGCUGAGCCUGUCUGCUCUGGGGGCCAUUCGGAUGGCCAUGCUGGUCAACCUAGUGUCCACAGCCUGCUACGUCUCCUUCCUCUUCCUGGGCUGUGACACGGGACCUGUGGCUGGGGUCACUGUUCCCUAUGGAAACAACUCAGCACGUGGCCCCGCCCUUGACCCCUACUCUCCGUGCAACAAGAACUGUGAAUGCCAGACCGAUUCCUUCACCCCGGUGUGUGGGGCCGACGGCAUCACCUACCUGUCAGCCUGCUUCGCUGGCUGCAAUAGUACGAACCUCACAGGCUGUGCAUGCCUCACCACCGUCCCCCCUGAGAAUGCCACCGUGGUUCCAGGAAAAUGUCCCAGUCCUGGGUGCCAAGAGGCCUUCCUAACCUUCCUCUGUGUGAUGUGUGUGUGCAGCCUGAUCGGGGCCAUGGCCCAAACGCCCUCUGUCAUCAUCCUCAUCAGGACAGUCAGCCCUGAGCUCAAGUCUUACGCGCUGGGAGUUCUUUUUCUCCUCCUUCGUUUGUUGGGUUUCAUCCCCCCACCUCUCAUCUUUGGGGCCGGUAUCGACUCCACCUGUCUGUUCUGGAGCACCUUCUGUGGGGAACAAGGCGCCUGUGUCCUCUAUGACAACGUGGUCUACAGAUACCUGUACGUCAGCAUCGCCAUCGCGCUCAAGUCCUUUGCCUUCCUCCUCUACACCACCACGUGGCAGUGCCUGCGGAAAAACUAUAAACGCUACAUCAAAAACCACGAGGGCGGGCUGAGCACCAGUGAGUUCUUUGCCUCUACUCUGACCCUAGACAAUCUGGGGAGGGACCCUGUGCCCGCGCACCAGACACAUAGGACCAAGUUUAUCUAUAACCUGGAAGACCAUGAGUGGUGUGAAAACAUGGAAUCCGUUUUAUAGUGACUACAAGAGGAGGGUUGAACUCCGUAUUUGUGAGCAAAGGGUCAUUUUUCUUAAUUAAAAAAAGAGAGAGAGAAUGAGACAAAGAAAGAAAAAAGGAUUUCAAAAACAGACAUGCACACACACACACACACACACACACACACACACACACACACACGAUCUUUGUCCUUUUUCUAAAAAUUCUGAGCCAGUCAGGAUUCAGAAUAAAGAGAGGAUGGGAUGGCCCCGGAGGACAUGCACACUGCUGGGCUCAGACUCUGCUUGGAAGGUACCUCAUGGUUUUCACGAUGCCAACAGCUACAAGCAACAGGCACUGCCGAUUUCAGGGAACACUUGUGGCCAGCUUGGAGGAUGGACGUUUCUGGAUACGCAUACACAUACAAAACUUUAAAAACAUUACAAAAUGAGUCUACUAAAAAAAAAAAUCACAAGUUCGAGUUGAAAACAUGGCCAGAUUAAGCACUAGUGGCACCCUCUCCCUCCGUUGGGGUGGGGGCGGGGGUGCAGGGUGGAGGGGGGGAAGCCCCACUCCUCUCUCCAACUUUCGCAAUAUGGGUCACUGUGUAGACCGCUCACCCAGUCUGCGUGUGGUUCAAGUCCCCAGAGUUCUCUGAGAGAUGCUGAUGGGCUAUCCGGACUGGAGUCUGUGGUUGGCCCCUCUCACCAGCUCCAUUUCCAUGUUCAAGACUGAGGGCCCGAGGGGGAGCUUGGUGGGGGGCAUGGACCUCCCCAUCUCCUAGCACCUCUUCCCUAUCAGCCCCACAGUGUGACCUCAGGAAGCUGUGGGCCUCACCUGGCUAUGACUGACCCGCUCAGAGCCGGAGCGCCCCAACAUAGCCCAAGUCAUUUGCUUACAUUUGCCAAACAUUUUGCCAUUUUUUCAGAAACAACAGAAAAAAAAAAAGUGUACGAAUUUCCAACUGUUGUAUGUAUAAUCCUCUGAUACUAUUUUUAACUACUUCUUGAGUCUGUAUUAACCCUUCAGUCACUAACAAAGCUUUUACUUUUCUCCUUUUUUAAUGCACCAAAAAUAUAAAGUGAUUCAAGGGAUGCAAUUAAUCUAUUGUAAUUUUUAUCCUCAUUCUGAUACUGUGCGAAAAGCACACAAUGCGUUAUAAGAAAAAAGAUACUCCGGAAAGAGUGUAAACGAAGCUUUCAAAGAAUCACCUUUGAGAUAAUGGGACAAUGUGACAAGUUGCAAAUCUGCCUUCUGGCUUUAUUCCCCAUGGUGAUGAUGUCACUGUCAUGGGAAGCACUUUCAUACCCAAGCUUCAUGUUCCAAUGGGCAUUCCUUUUUAGCCUGUGAAGGAAACUCACUCAGAUGUGGGUUUGUGUGGAUGGGAGCCAUGCUCCUGGGGAUAGGAGAGAGAGAGGGUGUAGUUCCUGUGCCCACGCUGUGGAGUGGGCUGUGACAUCUGUGAUCAUCAGCCCAUAAGCUCCGAAGUGAUCACAUGUGCAUCCAGGUCCCAGGUCAGUCCUGAACUCUGUGUGUUGAAAGUGGCUGAACUUCAGAGAACUGCCAUGUCCUGUGGGGGAAGUCUCCUGCACCAGCACGCUUAAGACAGUAUGGCCACUGUCAUCAGUGGGUGAGUCAGAUGGGAGCACAUACAUGCAUAGCAGAGGGCCCAGUCAGCUCACACUUCAUGCCUUUUUGUGGACCUUUGUUGAGGAAAUACCUGAGAAUAGACUACAAAGGAUGCUUGGUUUUAUUUUUCACCUCAAACAUCCAUUUACGGUUCACCAGAAGCAAUGAAAGACUGAGGCCAGAAGAAUAAAGAUCGGGGGUAGGAGGUGGGGUUGUGCCAAAUUUUUAACAGACCAUGUAAAUGGGGAGAUCCGAGUGAUAGCCCUGAAGUAGAGGAGUCGUCAAGCAACGACAACCGAGAGAAUGAGGUGUGGCGGUGACCCGCGACCUCAUUCACGGUGUUUCUAGAUCAGACCAGCGGUAGCCUAUCCUUGUUCAUGAACACAGGGUGCUCAUCAGUUCCAUAACUAGGAAAGGGAAAACAGUUCUCCAACCAAUCCAUAAAGUGGGUUUUGUUGCUCUGAAGGCUCUGGUCACAUUUCAAGCAGGUUCCGGUUCAGUCUUGUUUUGAAAAUGAAUGGCUAAUGGGUUGCUGCUCUCUCAUACUGUUUGUGUUUCCCUCCAAACUGAGGCUCUGGGAUGUACACUUUGUUUCAUGAGAAGAUUUGCUUUUUCGAAAAAAAAAAUAAUUUUUAAGCUCUUUGUAUCUUGGAUUUUUUUUUUCCCUCUAAAAUGUUCUCAAAGAUAACAAUGGCGCCCAACUCCAGGGCUCACAUUUACCAAUAGUUAUUUAUAAAUUUAAAAUCUCCCUGUGGCAAAGUGAUUUCAGUGAACAUUGUGCUAUCUUUAAAUUUUUCAAUUUCUCUCAUGUAUGACAGAAGAGAAAACUCCAUCUCCCUUUAAUUUUACUUUUGCAUUAUAUAAAGAACCACUGUGCAUCCAAGGAUAGAUCCAGCCCCUUGGUUGUCUGGUUUUGAGUGGCAUUCUGGAUAAAAACUGCCCUGGUCAGAUCUCCCUUGAAGAUACAGAAAGUAAAUCUGGGGUGGAUGGAGAAGACCUAGAACAUGAAUGCUGGAGUUCUCUCUUCCGCAGUCGUCUCCUCCACCAUCUUAGUUGAAUGCACCCAAAGGAUGGAUGAAAAGGUCUCUGCUGCAGCUUGUGACAGACCUUUACACCCCUUACAUGUAGACCAAGCAGGUUCCAUGCUUCGUACCUGUGUUGCUUCCCACGUGUGGGAAACCUGCUUUUCUUCAGUCAGCUGAGGUUGUGUGCUGUGAGGGACACCUGUACCUCUGUUACUCACUUCCCACCUCCACCAAGAAGGCCAUGAAGCUCUGAUCCUCUGGGAAUAAUAGCAAAGCCACAGAAUGCUCAGACUUUUCUCAUAGCAAGAGAAUCCCUCUUUUUUGGUCCCCCUAAGGACUCCACUGCCAGUGCUUAACAGCCAAAUAAUAAAGGAAGCCCUGAGGAACCAUUUGAAAGUUAACAUCCUCCAAGCAGGAAGGGAGUAUCUGCUUCUCCCUAACCAUCAUUUCCUUUUCUCUACCUCACAGUGGGAUAGCUGCCCUCAGGGUGACUUGAAAGUAGGACUAUGUGUGGUGUCUUAGCCAUUCAGAUCCCCAGAUCCGGUAAUGCCCUAGAGUUUUCCCUCACACUAUGGAAAGCCUUGUAGACCUGAGGUAACCCACGGCAAUGUCCUACACAAGGACACCCACCCAGCCAGUCACUAGAUGAUAGUCACACUGCACCCCGCCCAGGGAGUUUUCGAAGUGUAAGAUUCACAUGUGGUUGUUAGUCCAGAGGAGGCUUUUAUAAAGAAUCCCAGAAGGUGUAAGUUUGCAUGUGGACUCACAGACAAAUACUCAGUUGUUGGCCAACUAGCAGUCUGCCCAUCUGGCUUUCUUGCCAUACACUGCUUCUGGACCUGGGGAAGAGUGGUUCUCUUAUCCACUGCAGCUUGCCAACCAUGGGGUAUGUCAUAAGAUCUGCCUGACAGUCCUUAAAACAGUCCUAAAACUCAGUAGUAGCAUUAAAUAAUAAAUAUCAGUAUGUGGAAAUCAACUGUCUGGUUGUACACUCAAAACCAGAUAGACAAGGACAGAAUAAGCUACCAUUGCUGUUUUUACAGUCUUACCCUAUUUUGACUGUGUGUUUGGUUUGGUUGUGAUGAGCAGGGAGACCCAGGUGAGUGGCUUCUCAGUCUAACAGAUGGAAAGUAUUUAUUUUCUGACUUUUAUUGUUCUUGUCUAAUUUUUUUGAUGGAUGGGACAGCCAGCUCUCUGGCCAGGAGUCAGGGACAGUACCAAACAGUAGGUCAUGGAUGGUUCCUCUAGGUUUUCCUCAACACAGUUAACCUUCACCUUAAGUUAAGAAUCCAGGUCGAACACCUAAGAGCCACCAUAUUUUCCAAGAGAAGGUGACAGUGAAAUAAAACCUGGUUUAGGGGAUUCAUUUGGGAUCCAACCCCAGCCUUUUGCCUCCUGCCUUCUCUCCUCAUUCACUAUAUCCUGCCUCACCCAAUUCACACCAGAUUCUUCCCCUCUGAAUAAAAACCUCAUUUCAUAGGAGAGCUGACCCAAAAUUUUGAUAGGCUGUGGGUCCAGCUCCUCUACGGUAUUACUGCUACUCAAGAGCCAGUUAGAAGAUUUCCUCGCAGACAGUACCAAGUUGCUGUUCCCACGCCUCUGUCAGGGACCACUUCUUUGUAUAACUCCUGGAACCCAUUACUCUACACUGCCUCCCUUGCUCUUCACACCUAUAAGGAACCUCAGCUACUCCUGAGCCAUGGCAGGAUCAACAUGACCUGGCAAACCUACACGGGGAAAUUCAGACAAGCAAAGAUGGUCCCACACCUCAGGAGCAUUUUGCCUGCCUCAGAAAUGAAGACGAGCACAUACUUAUCAGAGGCCAUCUAUGCUAGCAUCGUUUUUCAUUGCAGGGUUUAUUUUUCUCAAGGAUAUGGUGUUUGAAUGUGAUGUAUUCAUUCUCUUACCUAAAAUGUUGGGCUGUGCGUGCUGUCCUAUAGACUAGGUACGUGGCCCCUCUCCUCCGAAAGCUCACACAGCUCAUUGAGCUGGACAGACUUUAACAUAAACACAAUCAACAAAAGAGCAUUCUAAGCCAGAUUGUGUCUGGAUGUGAGAGAUGACUCCGAACUGACUCAUGGUGAUAGCAAGCUUUGAUUGAUAGCUGCAAUAAUCAAAACGGGGAGAGAAAGAGGAGGGGGGAUUCUGGAGACUAACUAACAGUGGGUAUCUCCCAGGUGGCUACUAAAAAGAUGAAGGAGAAAGUCACCCCUACCACACCACACACAGCUAGGGUCACCAAAGCAAAGGCAACACACUACUCUUGUUCAGGACUGUCUAGUAAAAUACAUCAAGCCUUGUAGGUCAUCAAAAAACUGUCAAAACUACCUACCCCGUUGUUGUCGCCCAAGAUCAACUCAAGGCAAUAAGUAAAAAAAUGUACCAGGAAAGCUGUUUUUACAAAGACAGUCAGUGGCCGGAAGGAAGGGCCUGGUGUGCCGAGGCAGCACUAACAGUUUUGGAAAUACCAACCGUUCAGAUAGGUGGGGCACAUCUGGCACCUCAAUCUUGGCCAUAGCACUGGCUGAGUCGUUUCUCCAAAGGGUCCUGGAGUAGGUGUCCAUCAGCUCUAAUGCCCCUGACCACAGCAAUCUAACUGAAGCAUCUCACUUGUUUCCAAGAAGGAAGAAAGUACCCUUUGUUGUCAAACUUUGGAGUUUAAGGCAACCUUAUUUUUCUCUUGGGUACAAUAGAGAAUUUGAACCACAGAACCUGUCGUCCUUUCCAGUCUGACACUUGCCAUUUGAACUAGACUGACCAAACGUUUUUUCCCCUUAAAUGAUGGAUACAGACACAUGAGGGAGAAACAGAGGAAACAGGAAAAGGGGAGUGAGUCCAGAGACUGAAUAGAACUUCAAGUCCUUUUCCUCCUCAGCACCAACAUAAAACACUGACACUCCAGAGCUAAUCAAUCUGCCAGAUAGAAUAAUUGGUAAUCACUAGUAAUAGCUAAUAAUAAUGGUCACUAACAUCUAUCAGAUACUAACUCUGAACUAGCUGCUGGGCUGAACUGAUUACAUGCAUUAACACAUUUCAUCUUAAUGCUAACUUUGUGAGGCAGGGACUAUUGCUAGUUUUAUUUUACAGGAGAGGAACAUGAGACUUGGAAGCAUUCAGAAUUGGCUCAAGGUCAUGAGAAGAACUAAGAUUCAAACCCAAGCCUAUGAGUCCAAAGUGCCUGUUGGUAACCACGAUAAAUGUUCCCUCCCUACCAAGGAAGAUGUGAGGGAGCCUUCCCUGCCCCCAGGAAAUGCCUAAUCUCCAAGUCUCUGGUACAAAUGAACUGGUGGCCUCACACUCUCAUAUGCCCCCUAGUGGAUAAGCAGGACACAAUGACAGCUGCAUUCUGGAAAGAGUGUCUGCUCUCCCUCUUCUAGCUCUGUUCUUUAUCGCUUAUUUCAGUGGUCCAUUUAUAUAAGGUGCUCUACCCAAGAUGGGCAGGUGAAAGGAAACAGGGGAUGCAUUGUGUAAUGUAUCAAGAGACCCAGCGGCUAUUCUCAGCACCAGGCAGGAGCUCCCAACCCCUGCCUCCUACCAUGUACUGUAACAUUCCUCUCAUGCUGAGCCCUGAUCCAGGGGCUCCAAACAUGUUAAAUGUUGACUAUGUCUUAAUCUCUUUCCAGAUUGCAGGCUUUGAAAAGCUGAGCAUCUAGACAUUUCCAUUUUUAUGAUAACAACUCAAGUCGACAAUCAGGGGUUGAUAAUAAUCAUACAUUUUUGAAUAUUUUUCCAUAAGGUAGAAGUGAUUAUUGUUUUUGCUAUGAGCAAAUGGAAUAAUGUAGCCAAUUUUCUGGAGAUGUGACAUUCUGUAGGUUGGAAUUUUUGCCGUUUCCAUACUGUUUUUCUUAAGUUCAUGCUAAUCAAAUAGAAGGUGGCUCUCGUGGAGACAAAUUUGGCAAGAAUGUUUGAUUUAUAACCUGAGGCCAUAAAAUGAAGUGGAACGAGGUAAUGCAGGGAGCUCAUUAGAUGAGGAACACAAGUAAGGGCCAGCUUGAGCUUAAAUCCAGCACCUUAAAGGGAGAAGGGCUUGGGGAGUCUUGUUUAUCGAGCCUACUAGGCAUAUGCCAAGUCCACGAAUGCAGAAUCCCAGUUGACCCCAGCAACCUUCUUAUGCUAUCCCUGACAGGUAAGUCAUGUUCCCCCUCUUUACAGAUCAGACAAGGAGGGCCUUGAAAAUUCAGGUUUCCCAAGGUCGUCAGUUAGUUAGGUCAUCAGGAGUCAGUACCAGGUCUUCCUAAUUGCUGAACCAGGGCCCUUUCCAGUCCAGCACACAACCACUGCAGUGGGAACUUGGAAGCCAGCAGAACAUCCAUCUACUGGGAGGAGGGAUGGCAGGAGGCAGGGGUAUGCUGACACAGGACUGUCCCGCUCCCACUGAGAGUUGAUCAUUUCCCAAAGAAAUGAGCCAAGAGCUAGAAGUAAGACCUCUGCAAAAUGUUACCUGCAAACACAGGACCGUGAAAUGAGAAAGCCUAGUUCACGCUAACAGUUAACCAAUAGAGACCUUGCAAAGCCUUCCACCUUCCACCUUAGCCUCGUCAACUGCUUCCCAGCCAGUGGUGCUAAGAAGCAACCUCAGCUCUCACUCUUGCCCCGCCCCAAAGAGCAGUGAUAACCCAUAUGCAAAUUCCCUUCAUCCUCCUGCUCCUCUAGCCUCUGAGGAGUUGGUAUUCUGACAUGCUUUUUUUUUUUUUUUUUUUUUUUUUUUUUUUUUUGUAAAUCAUUAUCUGGGGAAUUCUUCUCUGAUGAGCUCUCCCAAGAAUGUAAGAACAUGAGCCUUGCCAAAAGUCAAACAUGGAGCAUUUCUCUGUGGGCCAAAUCUCAGCUUCUAAAUGCUGAGUACAGACUGCCGCCUUUUAAACCGCCAGGUCAAAAUCAAAAGAUCAAUAACCAGGCGUUUCUAUGGUCUCCCUAUACCUGUCACUGAACAAGAAAGCCACCUGUCACCAUAGCUUGCAGAUUGUCACAGGGAUGAGUUAAAUUUUUAAUACUUUUUAAAUAAAGUCACAGCAUCAUUUAUGGAGAUGUGACCUUUCCUCAGACCCGGCUCCAGUGAGGAGCUUGCUUCACUUGGCAUGCAGUGACUAUCUGUGGAUGAAUGGACAAUAAACUGGUCCCAAAUGCUACAGGAGAAAGCAUGACCUGUUCAAGUGGUUUUCCCUGGCACUCAGCCUCCUCUUUAAUAAAAAUCUAAAGUGACACUUGGAGUCCAAGUAACACUUGGUUACUGGUGACUUACGGAAAAGAAAGAAAAAUCAGGUUUGGGGUACAUCUGCUCAUCCCCACGAUGAGUAUUGGUAUGAAAGUGCAGAUAAAUAUGCUUUGAGAGAUCCAGCCUUCAUAGAGGUCCUUGGGCUUUGAGUAUGGUCUUUUGAGUGUGAGCUGGAGAGAAAGCUAGCCCUCUACUGCUGUUCCUUCCUACACAUCCCUUUCACUGGAAAGCCUCGACGCUAUAAUGUAAGACUAAUAGAAUGUAGGAAAUGCAGAAAAGAUCCAUCUCUUUUUUCCUCUUGGCUCUUCUCCCCUCCUUCCCCUUUAGGCACAGAGUAUCAAGACAUUGAGACUGAGAAAACCUGCCCUGAGUCACAGUCACCUUCAGAAGACUCCUUUGUGAGAAGCUGAGGGCUGCCCUCUUAUGGCAGAGCCUACCAUCACCACCACCACCACCACCACCCACAGACCUCAAGGCCUGACAUAGCCCUGCGCUGCCCAGGAACCCAAGGGUUCCCAUGUGGAUUAUCCAUGUCUGGUCCUUUGAGGCUUCAAGCACAGGCCUAUGACAAGGACUAAAGAGGUGGCAUGUGGCCAGGAGCCCUCCAAAGUGGGCAUCAUUCCUAAAAAGCAAGGUCAACCUGAUGUGCAAAUUUCCUUCGGCCUGUCUCUCUUCUCGCUUCUGUGGGGAUGGCUUUCUGACAUGCUUUAGAAAACUCCCUCUGGGGAAGCUUCUCUGACCGAACACUCUUAACAGUUCCAAAGAAACCAGCAGAGGCUGGGCUUUAACAGAAGGGUGUAAAAAUCCGGAUUCCCAGAAGAGAAGAGGAAGAAAAGCACAUACUUAAUAGAUUCUGAGCGUGGUAGUCUGUAUUUUUUUGCAGCUUAUAUUUUCCAGAUGAGCAGUUUAGAGAUACAUGAUAUAAAGUAUAUACUGUACAUUUGCUGAAAAUUAUAUUAAAAGCACUAUUUUAAUUCUU